GCGCCCAACAACACAUAAAGUUCCUCUCUCUCUCUCUGUGGUUUGAAUUUGCUGUGGUGGUGAUUUCGAGCAUAGCAUCUGUGAAUCAGAGACCUCUCUCUCUGGCAUGUGAUUUGAUCAAAUGGAGAAGUAUGAGAUUCUUGAGACAAUUGGACAUGGAAGCUUUGGUUGUGUUUACAAGGCCCAUAAACGUGACACCAAUGAAAUUGUUGCUUUGAAGAUGAUUUAUUCUAUUGAUGGAGACGAAGGUGUUCCUAGUUCAGUAAUCAGAGAAGUCUCAUAUCUGAAAGAGAUGGAUCAUAGCAAUAUCGUCAGGUUGCUAGACGUAUUGGAUGAUGAAAAAAUUUUGUGUCUUGUUUUGGAAUAUAUGGACCUUGACCUGAAGAAAUUUAUGACCACUUCCGCAGAUAUUGCCAAGAAGAACCAAGUGAUAAAAAGUCUUAUGCAUCAGCUUCUUGAUGGUCUUGCCUACUGUCAUUCUGAAAAACUUCUCCACCGUGAUUUGAAACCUCAGAAUUUGCUGAUAGAUUGUAGUAAGCACAUACUUAAGCUAGCAGACUUUGGAUCAGCCAGGGAAAUUGGUGUUCCUCUUCAGACAUAUACUGAAGGUGAAAAGGUUGCAAGUCUGUGGUACAAGGCACCUGAACUCUUACUUGGCGGCCAAAAAUACUCUACUCCAGUUGACAUUUGGUCUGCAGGUUGUGUAUUUGCUGAGCUGGUGAUCCAACAGCCUCUUUUCGAUGGAGCUACUGACUUUGUUCAAGUGAUCAAACUUUUCAGCGUUAUGGGAAAGCCAAAUGAGGAAACCUGGCCUGGAGUGACUUCAAUUAUUUUUUUUUUAAUUAUCAAAAGUUGGGAAGGAAGAGAAGAGAAUCUCAAUUUGCAGAAGAAUUAA